UGCAUUUUGCCUUUUAGCAAAAUGGCCUAUAGUUGAAGUAGCUUUAUUUAAGCAGCUCUGUGUAUUGGGGUCUGGAAAUCCUAGUUUGUGAUUGAGAGUAUCACAGUGGGCUUUAUUAAGCGGUGAGUUGUAGUGUUUGGCAGGGCUAGCUGUGCUAACAAGCUGCCAUUCCUCACCUCUCCUCAGGAGAAAUACAAGCGUUUGGAGGCUGCGUUGAAGGCGGAGUCAGAGAAGAAAGAGCUGGAGGAGCGUGGGCGCCUGCCGGAGUCUCCCAAAACAGCAGAGGACAUCUGGCAGCAGAGCGUCAUCGGGGAUUACCUGGCCAGGUACCGGAACGACCGCGCCAAAGCACUGAAAGCCAUGGAGGCCACUUGGAAGACCAUGGAGAAGAAGGAGAAGAUCAUGUGGAUCAAGAAGGCAGCUGAGGAUCAGAAGAGAUAUGAGAGGGAGCUGAGCGAGAUGCGCGCCCCUGCUAUAGUGACAGGCACUGGCAAGAAGAUGAAGUUUGAAGGAGAGCCAAAGAAGCCGCCCAUGAACGGGUACCAGAAGUUCUCCCAGGAGCUGCUGUCGAGCGGGGAGCUGAACCAGCUGCCCCUGAAGGAGCGCAUGGUGGAGAUCGGGGGGCGCUGGCAGAAGCUCACGCAGGCUCACAAGGACCGUUACAAGAAGAUGGCAGAGGAAUUGCAGAAACACUACAAAGUGCAGCUGGAGCACUGGCUGAAGAGCUUGUCCUUGCAAGACAGAGCGAUAUACAAGGAGUACACAUCAAAUAAACGCAAAAGCACUGCAAAACCCAGAGGGACAAUUGCCAAGGUGAAGGCUGUCGUGGCCAGGAAAUCUGAUACGGAGGAGGAUGAUGACGAGGAAGAAGAGAAAGCGGAUUCUUCAGAGGAAGACUCCUCCAGCGAUGAGGAGAGCGAGGAGGGGGAGGAGAAUGAAGAGGAGGAGGAGGAGGAGGAGGAAGACGACGAGGAGGCCGAUGACAAGGAGAACGAGUCCGAAAGCAGCAGCAGCUCCUCCAGCUCCGAGGAGACAUCGGACUCUGACUCGGACUGAGCACCCAAAACCAGCUCCCUCUUCAAACUGCUUCAGCUGCACUUGAGUUUUAAAGAGGGGAGGUGGGGCAUCAUUCACCCUGUGUGCACUGGAGCAGACUCCUGAACCCACAGCCUGUCCGACGUGGAUGUAACCUUGGCACUCUGGGUAACUAGAAAGCUGCCCCUUUCCCAACCCCCAGCCAUUAUUUUAAACCUUCCCUGAGCCCAUACACUGUUUUUCUACAGAUUGCACUUUCUGUCCUGGGGGUAGUGCAGGCUUGCCAGCACAGUACCAACUUCAUUCCCACCAGCAUUUAAUUUGUUAGUUAUUUUAUCUUAUCUUUUUAAAUUAAAUUCAAAUAAUGUACAUCUCCUCAGACAAGCAGAUUCAGCUUUGGACUGUCAGUCAUGAAGGUGUUUUGACCGUUUGAUUCUGGUGGGAGGAUAGGAGGGGGGUGGGGGUACUUGGAUAUUUAGGCACUGACUAAAUGUAGUACCACAGAGUGGCCUGCAGGAGUCACUGCUCACAGGAAGCAGAGUUAACUAUCAACUGAUUUGGCUUAUGUAUUCUAAACAUGUUAAAUUCCCUGACACUGAAUUUGAGAAUUAACAAACAGGAUAGGGGACCACAGACCAGACCUGUGUUUUUUUUUGUUGUUGUUUUUUUAUAGACUAAAAGUAUAUAAUCAAGGACUUUUUAGAUUUUAUUUGAUUUAAUUUUAGAAAUACUGAAGACGGUUUUCUUCUAAAUCUUCUGUUAUUUCAGUUUUUUGAGUUUUAAUUGAACAGAAAAUGAAAUUAUAUAUGCGAAGCACAAGUUCCUUUUUAAACAUCGGCCUAAAAUUAAUUUCCAGUAUGUUUGUUGUUUACUUGAUACCGCAUAGUCUAACAAUAUCCGAGUGUCUGGGUUUGAUAAGACUGAAUUUAUUAAAAUAGCCAUGUGGAAAAGCAUAUUAAGGCACUUUAAAUAUCAGAAUUCAGAGGUAUACCACUAUUCUAUUUCAGUUUUUGUUUAUCUUUUUACCAGUAAAGUAUUUCUUACAAGCAA